AUGAGCUCAACUUCAUUGGAAAACACUGAUGGCGAUAAUGUGGCAGCGGACUCAAAUGUAAAUAGGAAUCAAGAUAUUCAAACCAUAGAUUUCAAUGUUUUGAGCACUCCGAAGAGAAAAACAUCAAUGCCUAUGAAUAGUGCAAGUUCGACCCCGCUGAUAAUAUUGCCAUCCAUCGAAGGUGAGAAUGAGGUUAAUGUAAUCCAUGGGAAUGACCCAGAUUCAUUACAUCCUCAAAAAAUUGGAUCGUAUAGAAUAAGAGCAGGUAAUAAAAUUUCAAACACUCUAAGCAACCUUUUACCUUCUUCGUUGAGUGCAAAAUUACAUCAUUCAAAAAAAUUGCCUAACGACACAACAACCCCUGACGGUACAGGUAAUAAUAAUGGUAAUAAAAAGUUUACCAAACCAAUUACUCCUCAAUCAAUUAAGAAAGAUGAACGAAGCCCAGUGACAGAAAAAAUAGAAGAACAUAACGAACUCAAUGUCUUUUCAAAUAUACAUGAUUCAACUAGUUUAUUGUUAUCUGCUACUACCUCAAAUACAAACAAUAAUGUUCACAAUGCAAGAAGGAGAACAGAUACGAUGAACUCUCAAAUAACUAAUUUAUCAAUGAGUGCCGGUCCAGCAUCGAGUACAAUUUGGGCUCCAAAUAAUGCAAAGGAAAAUAUGCAAACAAACAAUGAAAAUUUAACUCAACAACACUUAUCUCAUCCAUACUUGCAUAACAAUUUAUAUUCUAGCUCAUUACAAACCUUCACAUCUGAUGUGACUAAUUCACUUCAAAACAACAAUAGAGAUAACCUUAUGAUACCUCAACCAUUCCCAACAACAAAUUCUUCUGUUCAGGAUAAUAAUAACAAUAAUACUUGGUCUUCAAAUAAUAAUAUUACCACUUCUCAAAUGAAUAAUAGUCAAAAUACUGAUUUUUUUGGUAACAGACAGCGUUCAAAAUCAACUGCCACAAAUAUUUAUCCCGAUAAUGUAUUAUAUGAACAAAAGAAUUCCAGAAAUCGUACAUUUACCAUCUCAGGCAGCACAGGUACGCCUGCGUUCCCAGUUCAGAACAUGUAUAUGAAUGGUGACAAUGCUAUUAAUAACACUAACAAUGUGAUGAAUUCAGGAAUGUACAACGAAAUUGUUGAUAUUCCACUUGUUGAUGAUGAUGUCGACCCAACUUCACUUAACUGGGUUACAACGGAUACCACUGCCCCAUAUAUUAACCAAGUCUCAAACUUGUUGCCAUCUGAUACCAUUUCGAUCUCAAACAUAUUCUCCAUGCAACAGCAAAAUUCACAAUUAUAUAAUGUUAUUAACUUGACUAGUACAGCUUUAGUCACACUGUGUUCAAGAUUUGGUAAAGUGAAUUCCGCUAGAACUUUGCAAAAUUUAAAUAUUGCCUUAGUUAAAUUCGAUUCAGUUAACAGCGCUGUACUCGCAACCGAAAUGUUACAAAAUAAAGCUAUUUCAAUGGUAGGAGUACCAUGUCAUGUCGCGUUUGCCAAAAUUUUCCCAACUCCAGUACCUGAUCCAAACAGGAUGACUAACAUGCAGUUUAACAAUGAAAAUGGUAGAUCUCUGUUACAAGAACAAUUAUUCAACGGUAAUUUCUCAUUGCAGCAGCAAGGUAACAUUACUGUCCCAGUUUUUAAUCAGCAGUUUAUUCAACUGCAACAUCAAAUGCAACAAAUCCAAAAACAGCAAACUCAAUCAAAUUCGCAGCAUCACAAUCAACAAAAUUCCAGCUUAUCAAAUAAUCAACAACAUGCUUCUCAUCAGUCAACUACUCACAUUACCAAUGCAGACAAAGAACAAUGUCCAUUCCAUUUGCCCCCAGAAACAAUCAGUAGUCAACAGGACUCAUUGAAAGAUAUUAUAAACUCUUUUGAUACCAAAGUGAAUAAGUUGAUAAUUAAUCACGUUGUUAACAACGCAUUAAAAGAUGAAGGAAAAACAGAUAUUUCCAAUUUUGGCCCAUUGCCAAAGAGCAAUCCUAGUAAAGAAUUCGAUGCACCAACCUUACGUGAACUGCGUAAGAUUAUUGACGGAAACCAAAUGAGUGAUCUAGAAAUAGAACAAUUAGCUUUGGUAAUGUUAGAUGAAUUACCAGAGCUAAGUUCUGAUUAUUUGGGUAAUACUAUUGUUCAAAAGUUGUUUGAUCAUUCUUCUGAUAUUAUCAAGGAUAUUAUGUUAAGAAAAACUGCUAAAUACCUAACUACUAUGGGUGUUCACAAGAAUGGUACUUGGGCUUGUCAAAAAAUGAUCAAGAAAGCUACCACUAGCAGACAAAAAAUGCUGAUUGCUGAAGGUGUUAAAAAAUAUUGUACUCCAUUAUUUAAUGAUCAAUUUGGUAAUUAUGUUAUUCAAUGUGUUCUAAAAUUUGGAUUUCCUUGGAAUAAUUUUAUUUUUGAAAGCAUCAUUGCUAACUUUUGGACAAUAGCACAAAAUAGAUACGGUUCAAGAGCUGUAAGGGCAUGUUUAGAAGCACACAAUAUUAUUACUGAGGAACAGACCAUUGUUUUAAGUGCCAUAAUUGUUCUAUAUGUCCAAUACUUGAUAACAAAUGGUAAUGGUACAUUAUUAGUAACCUGGUUUUUGGAUACAUGCAAUUUACCAAAUAGACAUGAAAUAUUUGCUAAGAGACUAGUUCCUAAUAUUGUAGAAUUAAGUUGUCACAAAUUAUCCUCUUUAACUAUAUUGAAGAUUUUAACUUUCAGAGGAGAUGAUACUACAAGAAAUAUUAUUUUAAGCACUAUUUUUGGCCCUAUACCUUCUGAUAAAGAAGGCGAAAGAGAACAAAGAGUUGAUAAGGACAAAGAUGAAUCUUCUGGACCCCCUGAAGCACUAAUUAAAAUCUUGAACGAUAAAAGUAAUGGGCCAACAUUUAUUUAUAAAGUUUUAUCAAUGCCGUUAUUAGAAGAUGAUAUUCGUGCUCAUGUUGUUAAGCAGGUACGUAAAGUAUUACUAGAUAGCUCUAGCUCGGCUCAAAAUCAUAGAAGAUUAAUGGAAGAAGUGGGACUUGCCUCUUUAAGUCCUCAAUCUCCUAAUUCACAGAAUAAUCAACAGAGAAAUUCUAAUGGUAAUAAUUAUGCAAAUGCUGUUCAAGGCAAUGAUAUAACAAGACACGUAAGCCAUGUAUCGGUAUCAAGCGUAAGAAGUAAUGGGGCGCAGAAUAUAAAUCAAGGGGCAGCUUUGAAUAAACCGGCUCUGACCAAGAACAUGCAAUUGAACCAACCGAUUAUGAAUAAUAGCUAUCCAACCUCAGGAUAUCCUGGUUUGAGCCCUACACCUUUAUUAACAAUGAAUAACAAUAAUACAAACAAUAAUCCAAAUUUAAAUGGUAACACUAAUCAUGGCUAUUACAACUAUCCAUCAUUAUAUUCCAUGAACAGUAAUACAAGCUCCAAUUUUCCUUAUAAUGAUGAUCUAACCAGCCAGAUUGAAUCCUUAAUGAUUAAUAAUAAUGAAAACCAAAAUUCAAUAUUACUCAAUGGUGGCAAUGUACAAAAGUAUGGCAUUUAG